AUUACAGAAAGCUGAAGAGGUUCAGAAUGAAGUUGUAAGAGAGAAAACUGAUAUAGAAAAAAAAUAUAAAGAAGAAAUAGAAACUGCAAAGGAAGUAGCAGAAAGGUUAAAAAAAGAAAGACAAGAUAGUAAUUUAGAGGAGAUGUCAAGGUUACAGCUAGCUGAAGAGGAACUUAUUCAGGUGCGACAAGCAUUGAGACAGGCUGAGAUUGAGUUAGAGUCAAGGUGGAGUUAUGGGGCACCAGCUGAACUUCAACAGUGGCUGCAAUAUACUUUUGAAUUAGAAAAUGCACAUUUCACAGCGAAACAACAAGCUGCGCAGAGACAAUUUGGAUCUGCAAAAGAUGCUUGUGAAAAGAUACGAAAGAAGCGUACAGGAGUGUUAGGAACAUGGAGAAUAGCUCAGGGAAAUUCUAUAGAUGACAUAGAUCAGAGAAUUGUACAAGCAAGAAUGGCAUUAGAGGAAAUAAAACAUGAUAUGCAGGAACGGCAGCAAAGAUGGCAGAGUAUAGAGAGUUUUUGUGGUUUUCCUAUUAGAACAAAUCCAGGCAUGGCGAAAUUGGAGAAUGCUUUAUACGGGGAUGGAGGUUCGGGCUCAGGUCGCCUUGCCAGUCUUGUUGCACCAAUGAAUGUCGAAGAUGCAGAUGAAGAUUUCCCGCCACAUUUUCCUACUGCCACAGCGAUGUUAUUUACCCAGAAGCCCAAUGGUUGUGCUCGCUCCCCGACGUAUUCAGAUUUAGCAUCGCUGAAACGGAGAAUGAGCCUACGAGGUCUGGGUAGCAAUUUAACAGAAUUAAAGCGCCGUCAAGUAACAAUGGGUAGCACAAAUUCACUAUCAAAGUCAACGUCGUUCACUACAUCAGUGAAGCGAGAUUCCCUCGAUUCUCCGCCCGUCACCAAACCCACGGUAGUCGCCAGCUCAAAUGUUAACGGAAACCAUUCCCCUUCUGUUUCAUUCCAUUUAGGAAGUCAUAGAACCAGUGUCUGACCCAGCAUAAUUCAUGAUUGAGUAUAUAUCAUAAAGAAAUCUGAUGUGUGCAAAGAAUGAAAUCAGCAUGUGAAGAUAGUCCAGGAGAACAAGAGAUCAGCAGCUUAGAUAUCUAAUUUUACUGUUAUAUUGUUGAAGAAAACUGCUGUCAUUUUUAAAAUACUCUGUACUAGGUGAUGAAUUUGCUCUGUAAUGGACAUUUGUACUUGUUAAGUUUUCUUGUUUCUUGAGAUAACGAAAUCAAGAUUUGAAGAUGUCAUUUUAUAGGCAUGAGAAUCUAGAUGUUAGGACCUUUUAUUUUGUUUAUCAAUUUUGUGGUAUUCAGCUCUCAUAGCGGAAAAUAAUGAUGCAAAGUACUAGCAAAUUAAUUGACAAUUGUUUUGUUAAAUUGGUUUUAGUAAUAUUAAGUUUUUAAGUAGUUUCUUGUUUAUUUUUUUUACACUUUUGUCACCACUUCUGAAUAUUUUCAUCAAGUAUUUAUUACACAUUGAUUUUAUAUCCAUGACACUCAUAUUCUAUAGAUGCUUAUUUGUUAAAUGAACAUUUCUAUUAAUGAAGUCAUGACAUCUGUGUCCUAUAGACGCUUAUUAAGUAUUAAAAACUUUUUAAAAGUGACAAAGGAUAUUACGUUAGCUAGAAAUGUUUGUUCGAUCGAUUGCCUUACAGAAGAAUUAAGAAGUAUUUAUAAGGACAUUUUAUUGAAGGUGACAUAAUUAAAAUGUAAAUCAGUUACCACUGUUGUAUAUUAAUAUGUUACGAAUCUCUGUAAAUCUAUUUCAGGCGUUUUCAGGAUUUUGUUUUCUUUAAUUAUUGAUAAUGAUAACAUGUAUUAUAAAACAGUUGUAGCUUCUAUGCUACAUGAAGAAUAAACCUUUUCUUGCCAAGCCCUUGAAAAUAAAUGUUGUCUCGUCGAAAUACAGAUCACCAAAGGUUCAUUUUAUGUGUAAUUAUUUAUUUUCCUUGAAUCUCUGUAAACCCAUGUCAAAUAAUUUUCAUGACUUUUUGUUAUAACUUUGUUUAAAACUUAAUAAGAAUAAUGCUAUUUGAUACUUUUAUACCUAGCUGGAACUGAAAGUGAUUAGCCUUUGCCACCAGUAUAAAUCUAGGCCAGUCUGCAUAUACAUGCAGCCUUAGAAUACUGUUAGCUGACUAACUUUAAAUUCCUUUCUUGAUAUCUCCAAGGUUAUAAAUGGACUGUUAUAAAAAUAGAAACUGGAUAAAUUCAUUUUUGGAAUUCAGUAUGCAAUAGUCAACAAUAACUUGUCUGUUGCCAAGUCAGUUUGUUUCUAUACAGUCUGACUAGAUGCUGUCUAGCUUUAGUGUUUUUGAUACUGAAAUCCCCUUGAAAGAAACAAUGGACAAGUCCAAAUUUAACGCAGAGCAGGUCCAUUUCACAAAUUCCAGGUAAUUAUUUUCUUAACAAAGUUAAAUGUACAGUAAUGUAUACUCUUAAUAGUGCACACUCAAGUCAUUGCCAGUCCAUUGUCUGCAAAGCUGAUGUUAUUUGUUGUACAAUACUUGUUAAAAAAAGAUUCUUGAAUAUUUGUUACAUGUACUAACAUUUGAUUACGUGAUGUUAACAAAAUCCUGUUCAUUUUUAUCCAUCAUAAUAUUUAUAUAGAUUGUUAUCAUCUCUGAGUGAGAAAAAAUACUCAUCUCAUUUUGAUGACUAUUUAAUGUAAAUAUUGUAUAUAUCACAAAGCUGUGUAAACACACUGAAGUGUAUGCACAACAUAUAUUACAUGUGUGAACAAAUUGUUAAAGUUGAUACCAUGUUAAUCCAAUACAUGAAAUUAAACUGUACCUUUUUGUUGCCCUGUUUUUGCCAAAUCAUUUUUGAUUAUCUUAAUUUUUAUUUAAGGAAUGCACAAUUUGUUUUAAUGCUCUAGACAUUUGGAUUAUGAUUUAUGCUCAAAGCAAUUUUCAAAUUUUGCUGUGAACUCUGUUAAUGUAUUCUUGUGUACUUAACUCCAAGUAAAAUAAGUAUGUUUAGUUCUGUUUUUAUGAGUUCUUAUUAAUUUAAUAAACAUACGAAAAUAAAUAACCAGGUAAAUUAUUAAAGCUCAAAGAUGAAAUUUAAUUGUCAUACUGUUGUUGAUUUUUUCAAGGUGCAAAUCUACAUGCUCAAAGGUUUUAAACACUUGUAACUGUAGACCAGUCUGGCAACCCUUGAAUCUAAUUGGUUGAUUCAAAGCACAUAUUUGAAAUUGACCAAUGGUUGGUAGCUGCUGCUGGACUGGUUUCCAUUUUCCGUACUUUCAGGUUUGUUUAAAAUGAUAUAUGCAGAAGGGCAUUGAAAACCUAUUCCAGAGUUACACCAAUCUUAUAGGAGGACUUUUGGGUAUUUUUGGUUGAAAUAGAUUAUUAUAUAUUACUGAACACUGACUCAUGCAUUCCAAAAUUAAAAUUCUAUGCACAUGCUGAAAUGAAAUGUACAUAUGAUUUGCAUCUUUGAAAACUUUUUUCCAGAAUUUCAAAAUUGUACAUAAUUGGUAUGUAAAUAGUACAUGUAUUUAGAUCACUAGCUCUGUGCUUAAGCGUGAAAAGUUUGUAAAGGGUAAGAACUUAACUCUUUAGUAUAAGGUCAAGGUCACCAAGGUCACAUACUACGGGUCAAAUGCAUGCUGUGUAUUUUAAGGAAAAUGCAGGUUUUCAUGAAAUGUUAUCUAUUUUAAAUAAAAUGCUAGGUAAAGCUCCAGUUUCUCCGUUUUUUAAAAUGAUUUUUGUGUCACAUCUUAUAACAGCUAAAAUUUUAUUUUGUUAUGUCUUUUUGUCUUUAAUUAUUGAUAGAAGGGUAGAGUUUUGUUAAAUUAUUUCUGUUUUACUGCAAGGUAAUUUUAAGCAGCAUUUAUACUCAUGUCAUAUGGAGUUUUGUUACUAGAACAUAUGAGCUACGUCAAACGUUAUGCGUUUGCAAUCAGCAUGGAUUCAGACCAGCCUGCGCAUCCGCUCAGUCUGAUCAGGAUCCAUGCUGUUCGCUAUCAGUUUCUCUACUUGUAAUAGGGUUGGUCAGAGAACAGCAUGGAUCCUGAUCAGACUGCGCAGAUGCGCAUGCUGGUCUGGAUCCAUGCUGGUCGCAAACCAAUUAUGUUGGUUUUGUUACUAGAACAUAAUUAUUAUUGCUUAUCUUAAAAGAAAAACCAAACAUAUCAAUCUUUUUUUUCCUUUUGCAAUUUGUAUGUAUAUAUGCAUGUAAUUUGUACAUUUAGAAUGAAUGGGAAAACAUUUUACUUAAGAAUUAGCAUAGUUGAUAUAGAGGUUUUUUUUUUUAUAUCAAUAGUAUAGCUGUCCUGCACAUAUGCUUUUAAUUGGUUAUUAUCAGAAAAAAAUGGAAAAGACAUUUUUUGUUUUUGUUAAUUCACAUACAUUUUUGUGGGGGGUUUUUUUUGACCCCAAGAUUAUUUUGUCAGUCGUUUAUCUGAUAUGCCCAAUAUUGUUAUAUCAAAUUUAGCUCCUUAAAUCCCUGAUAUUUCACAAUGGGUAUAUUAUACAUUUUUGCUAUGCACAGAAUACAAGCACUCACUUUAAAAGAAAAAAUAACAAAAUUGUAAGAGUUGAAAAACUUUUAUGACUACCCCUUGCAAGACAGGUGCAUUUGAAUGGAAUACUUUAAGAUUAUCUUAUUGAAAAUAGUAGUAAAAUAAUGCACAUAUAUGUUGGUUUUUGUUGCAUAAUAUUUAUGCAGGUGAGCUCGAGUAAUCUGAUAAAUUUAAGUACACAUUUAAUAUUUCCACAACACAUGAUUAUUUACAUUCUGGAAAAUUUCAUUGUAAAAAUGUUUUGGUAUAUGUAUGUAGUUGAACAUAUUUAUUUCUGUCAUUAUUCAUUCCAUGCAUUUGUGUAUUUUUGUUGAUUUCUAAGUAAGCGAACAUCUCAUUAUAUUGUCGCUUAUUUUUGUGCAAAUGUUAUUUUCACUAGUGAAUCUUUAUUAGGGAUCAUGCUUUGAAGAAUCACAGAAAAAGGACAUUAAGAACUUUUGUUUGAUCACUUUAACCCUAAAAGUGCAAGGAGAGAAUGAUUUUAUCUGUGUCAUCAGUAUAGAGCCAUGCCAACCCGCACAACUGUACAGUCUGACCAGGUCCUAUACUGGUGACUACUUAAUUUGAACCCUUAACCAGCUGGAACCAAAAGUAAUAAGCCAUUGCCAUCAGUCUGGUGCUUGACCAGUCUGGACAUCAGUGCAAUCUAACCAGGCUCUAUACUGUUGGUCCCAUAAUUUUUGUACUAAAAUCUCUUAAACUUUGAAUAGACUGUUCCAUAUUUCAAACUGGGCAAGUCCAUUACACAAAAUCAGCAGGUGAAAGGUUAAGGUUUUUUGAUGGAAGGCCUUUCAAACUCUAAAUGGACUGUUCCGGGUACAAAACUGGACAAGUCCAUUAAUCUAUUUUUAAUGGGUAUGGUUUUAAAUUUAUGUUUUUCUUUGCCUUUUUUUUUCAAGUAUUUUCUACAAAUUAUUUCACUAAGCUUAUGAUUCCAUAUGUUUGUUCAGUUAAAAUGUUCUAUUAAAAGUUAGAAUAAGCAUGUUUAAGAAAAUCAGGUAACUGCAAUGGUUUCCUAUAACUUUUUGCAUUGCCCAAAUGAUAGUUCUUUCAUACAUUUCUAUCUUGUAAUUGUGUAUUCUCAGCAAGCCCUAGGGACAGGCUUAUGGCACUGCAGAAUUUACUAUGAGCUACUUUUGCCUUACCAUAAUAUGUAAAAAUGAUACUAAAUCACUUAGGAGUGCUUUACCACUGGUUACUGAUGGGUUUUUUUUAAUUUGUGAAGAGCACUGACCUAUUGUGAAUGGAAAAGCGGCAUAAUUUGUUAAAGCUUUAUUAUUUAAUGUAUAAAAGGAAAAAUUAAAGAUUUAGAGAAAUGGAUAUAUUAUAUAUAUGCAAGAUGAAUAUAAGAAUCAUGUCCAGUAGUAUAAAACUGUUUGUAAAAUUUGAUGUAUGUUUAGUAAUGCAAUUGAUUAAUACUGUGUAAAUUGUAACUCCUUUGAAAAUGAGAAAAAUCCUAACUGUGUACAUGUAUGUAUUAUUUUGUGUAUAUCACAUGAAGAUUAAAUUGUUUAAGAUUUUUA